GUAGACCUACAGGCUGCCGGUUGGAGCCGUCCGGGAGCGAAAAGAAGAAUUAGACUGUGUGUUUAUGUGGCUGGGCUCCAGUAAAUAUUUUGAUGCAUCUGCUGCCAGCUCUGGUCUGAGGGAAUCUACCUGGCAUUUAGAUUUGGAUGGGGAGCUGUUUUGAAUGAUAACGGUGCAGCUGGCUGUGAGUCAGUGCAUGUGUGUUGGCUGGGAAAAAAAAAAAUCUCCUAGCUCAACGUUUGCUGAAUGCUGAGCUGCAGUGCUCGCUGCCUUUUUUUUUUGUGAGUAGACGAGCCAAACAGAUUUUUUUCGGGGGCGACAAGGAAACUCAAAAGUCACCCUCAACUACCUUUAAACAUGGGGGCUGUGAUGGGCACCUUCUCCUCACUGCAGACCAAACAAAGACGACCCUCCAAAGACAUCGCCCGAUGGUAUUACCAGUACCAGAGAGAUAAAAUUGAAGAUGAGUUGGAGAUGGCCAUGGUGUGUCAUCGGCCUGAAGGACUGGAGCAGCUGGAGGCACAGACCAACUUCACCAAGAGGGAACUACAAGUCCUCUACAGAGGCUUUAAAAACGAGUGUCCCAGUGGUGUUGUUAAUGAAGAAACAUUCAAACAGAUCUAUGCCCAAUUUUUCCCACAUGGAGAUGCAAGCAUGUACGCCCAUUAUCUCUUCAAUGCCUUCGACACAGCUCAGACAGGUUCAGUGAAAUUUGAGGACUUUGUGACCGCUUUGUCAAUUUUGUUGAGAGGAACAGUCCUUGAAAAGCUGCGGUGGACCUUUAACUUAUACGACAUCAAUAAGGAUGGAUACAUAAACAAAGAGGAAAUGAUGGAUAUCGUCAAAGCCAUUUAUGACAUGAUGGGAAAGUACACUUACCCCGUGCUCAAAGACGAUGCUCCAAGGCAGCACGUAGAUGUGUUUUUCCAGAAAAUGGAUAAAAACAGAGAUGGCGUCGUGACUUUAGAUGAAUUCAUUGAAUCCUGCCAGGAGGAUGACAACAUCAUGAAAUCCCUACAGCUCUUUGAAAAUGUCAUGUAACUGUGAUUAACGAGCCGACCGGCCACCAGAGACAUUGUGCCCACCGAGAACCUCAACAAACCAAGCGGCCCCAGUUCAGAAGUUACCCCCCGAGCUCCUUGGGAAGGAAGCUUUACACCCUUCAGAAGAAGAAAUUUUUUAGUAUUUCUCCCACCCUGCUCUACUUCAGACGGUCAAGAAUCCCAACUCCUUCCUCCACCCUCGGAAGGGACGAUGACUAGAUUUUAUUUCAUUUCAAAGCAUGUUACUAAUUUCACCGCCCCCCUACUGCUUCCCAGGAGAGGACACUUCCACUAGAAGCUUAAUGAAUCGCGCACGCAGCAUCCUGUUUGUUCGUCUCCAGCUUUGCUGUUGUAAACCUAGUCGACUUGGGGGCCUCAGGUAGCCCCAGAUCUGAGCUUGAGUGUGUUCUGCCACCUGCUGUGAUUGGAUACUGAAUGCAUCCCGAUCCGCCCUACAGCUCCUCA